CAUAUGCACUUGUGUCAGUAAGCGGGAAGAAAAAUUUAAUUUAUUAAUAGCCAAAUAAUUAUUUACGACUCAAUUUAUUCUUUGAUAUUUUUUAAGUCUUAUAAGCCCAUGUUGGAUAUGCCCUUUUAUAUGUUAUUAAAUUAAUUCUGAAGAUAUUUAAAUUAUGACUUCAUUAAAAAGAAUGGUACUCAAAAGCUUUAAACAAUUACAUCGCACUAGAUUAAGAGUUUUUGAUGGAGAUGAACGUGCCUUAAAUGCAGCUAGGUUGAGGAUCAAUGAUGAAUAUCAUAAAAAUAGAAAUGUUGAAAAUGAAGAAGCAAUAAAAGCGAUGAUUAAAUUUGGAGAAGAUGUGGAAAGGGAACUGAGAACUCAAGUUAUUCAAGCAAAACAAGUCAAACCAGGCAUAUUUGAGGCUAAAAUCACAGAAGACACAAUUAAGCUUGACAAUAUUCCAUACAAUGAUGCGGCAAUAAUAAAUGAUGGUAUAAGUGGAGGCCAACCCUGUUGUCAAGAUCAAGCUAAUAAAAAAUAAAUAUAUGCAGCUAUUUAAAACUGUUGUAUGUAGUAUAGUGUAUAGUCAUUAGAUAAGCUUAAAAUAUUUUGUUUAAUAAUAAUAUUUAUUUGUAA